UGCGGUGGAGGGUGACAAGAAGCGCGCAUCUGUGGCAGUCGUGGAAAGCCAGGGGCAGGCGGGCAGUUGUGGUCUCUCUCUGCACGUGGAGAGUGAGACGGGCAAAGCGACGGGGUGUUCAGUGGGUAGUUAGUCCGCCAGCGGUGGUAUCGAGUGACGGAAUUAUUUGUGAACACGUGAACAUUAAUGAUCGUAGCUGUUGAAUUGAAUAGCCGCAGCGGGAGGAAGUUUCUUAAAGUGUGUUUCGCACGUAUCGUCUAUGUAUUCAAAUAGACCGCGUUAAGGCGGACAAAAAACUAAAUUUCGUUAUUUCGAACGAAACUAAAAAAUGCCAAUGAUGCCUGCUGGUACGAGAGAGUAGAGGAUGUUUUAGCUUUUGGCAGAGAGGCCAGCAUCGCAGCUGGAGGGAGACGAGUAGUGGUUUGACGUGGACGCCAAUGUUUUCUGGUGGUCUCGUAAAAGACAAACCCGACAUGGAUAGAGACAACGGAGAAAACAAGAGACAGAGAGAGAGAGCGAGGAAACAAUAGGUGUGUUUCAUUAAUUUUAAAGAGGACAGAAACCCCCCCCCCCCACCCCCCUCUCCAUCCAUCCCCCUGCCAUCUGUGCGGCGCAUUGGAGCGGGCCGGGCCGUGGGAGGGCUUCGUCCUCCGCGAGACGCGCGCGGGGACAGGAGGAGGAGGAGGAGACCUGGGAUUACAAUUGAGCACGGGCACCGGACGGGCGAGAGACAGGUGCUGUGGCCAGGCACACCGGCGCAGCCGCUGCGGAUGCUCGGUUGCGGCUGAUCCGCGCGAACUCCGCUCGUGCUACGGAGGGUGGCGGUGGUGGUGGUGGUGAUGGCAGUCGGGGAGAUCGGAGGAGAUCGGAAAGAGGCCUCGGCUCGCAGAGGAUUAAUCCGCCCCAACACCGGCCACGAGAAGCCGGCUCGCGUCUCUUGGCAAGGUCUGCGAGUGCUUCAUGUGGCGCGGAGAUGAGCGGCGGCGGCGGUGGUGGCGCAGGGGAGCGGGAGGCCCCACCGUGGCUGCCCCAGGACGGGCCCUGGAGGGAGCUGUGCGAGCGACUCGCCCGCGAGGCGGCCACCGACUUUGCGGGGCAGUACCGCGCCUUCACCGCGCUGCACCCGCAGUGGGCCGGCCCGGACGCCGCCGCCACCUUCGCGCAGAUCUUCGCCGAGUGCUUCGCGCAGCGCUUCCGAGCCGAGGUCGGCCGACCGAGCGGCGCCAACGACAGGAGAGGAGGACGAGGCGGCGGUGCCGGCGGCAGCCCGGCGGCCGCGAUUAGCGCGGCGUCCGAGGAAGCCGCGGCGGCGGCGUCGAAGAGGGGAAGCGUCGGGUCGGACUUCUCGGGCCGGGAGGGCGCGGCAACGGCGGCGUCGCAGAUGGCGGCGUCGCGCCGGCGCAGCACAUCGCAGGAGUUCACGACGAAGCGCGACAGCGUCUCGUUAGACCCGCUGCCGCCCCGCGGCCCGGGCCCCGCCGGCGGCGGCGGCCCCGACGUCUACCCGGCGUCGGAGCGGCGCUCGCUCACCGAGCCGGCGCCGCCGUCGCCGUCCUCGACGGAGCAGGCGCGGGACGGCGCCGACUCCGCCGCCGCCGCCGAUGCCAAGUCGCUGAGCUCGGACGAGGCGUCGUCGCUGCGGAGGGGCUACGGCCCCGAGCCACCUUCGCGCCUCAGGGCGUCGUUCCGGCGAGUGUGCGACAUGUUCCGGCUGCGCAAAAGGACGAGUCAGGGCGGCGGCCACCUCGCCGCAGCGAACGUCGCUCGCCGCGACGGGGAGCGGCCGUGCGCCAACGGCGACCCCGGCGAGGCGAGCCAGGAGCCGACGGCGGCCGUCCCGGGCGCCGCCGCCGCGUCGGCGUCUCGCGAGCAGGGGCGGCCGCUGCUCUACCGCUGGUUCUCGUGGUCCCAGCAGCGGCGCUCGGACCCGCGGUGCGUGAGGCGCGAGGGGACGCUCAGCUACGUCGUGGCGGAGGACGUCAGCGGCAGCCAGGUGCGGUGGCGGCGCUGCCGGCUGCUGCUGUGCCGGGCCGAGGGUCGUAGCGGCGGCGCCGUCGCCUCCGCCGCCGGGUACCAGCUCGAGUUCUACGUCCCGCCCAAGUCGAGCAAAGCAAAGAUCUCGGUGCUGUGCUCCUCUAUCCUGGAGGUGCGCAAGACCAACCCCUUGGAGAUGCCCGAGAAGGACAACACCUUCGUGCUCAAGACGAGGGAUUCGAUGGAAUACAUCCUGGAAACGGUUGAUUUUCUGCAGAUGCACUCAUGGCUGGCCGACAUUAAGGAUUGCUUGCGGCUUGGGAACGAGGGCACGAGGCUGCAGGCGCUCGGGAGUUCGCCCUCCGACAACUCCAUCCACAGAAUUUCGUCCGACAUGAGCGCAUCGACGCAAGGCCUGCAGCACUCGGGUGGCUCCGGGAGCCACAGGACGGCCCGCCCGCGCAGCCUCGACGGGGAAGGCGGCGGCGGCUCACGUUUUGGCCUCGUGGACGGCGUCCCGCCGGAGGUGCCACCCCGGGCGCCCGUGCACGGCCAGGGCCCCGAGCCCACGCACUUCCUACCCAUGAUCGCCUCCGGCGCGAUGGACACGAGCAUGGCGACAGGCGCCCAGGACUGCAACGGGCCACUGUCGGAGUGCCCGUGGUUCCACGGCACGCUGUCGCGCCUCAAGGCGGUACAGCUGGUGCUCACCGGCGGGGAGGAGCGGCACGGCCUCUUCCUGGUGCGGGAGAGCGAGACGCGGCGCGGGGAGUAUGUGCUCACCUUCAACUACCAGGGCCGUGCCAAGCACCUGCGGCUGUCCGUGAGCGACAACGGCUGCUGCCGCGUGCAGCACCUCUGCUUCCCCAGCGUGGCGGCCAUGCUGGAGCGCUUCCAGACCGAGCCCAUUCCGCUGGAGUCCGGCGGCAUCGGGGACAGCGUCACGCUGUCGCGCUACGUGGCACGCGUGCAAGAGGCGAUCAGCGUUCGUAGCCAGACCCCGAUGCAGACGCCCAUGCGCGCGCCCCGCACCCAACGGUGGAAUUCGGAGGGCGACCUGCGCCGGCCACAACUGCACACCCGGCCGUCGGCCGCCACCACCGCUGCUGCUGCUGUCGCCGCCACCGCCUCCGCCGCCGCCAUGGGGGCGUUCCCCCAGCAACGGAGCGUGUCUCAGACGACGGUGUUCAUGUCGGAGCGGAGGAAGGAGGGUGGCGUCACCUUCCUGCGCACGUUCGACCCCGCCAGGUUCCGCGAGCUCUUCCAGCGGCGCCACAGCUCGCGGGCGCAGCGCGAGCCGGAGCCGCACUCGCCGGGACGGCCACGCGCCACGGACAAUCAAUACUACGUGGUGUGACGCACGCCACAGGCGGCCAACGUGCGAUGUGACGUGCACCGCCGACAGAAAACGUCAUGGAACGCCGCUGGUUACCGGCCCUGCGCCUCCCCACGACAAUUGCUGCACCGUGUGAUGUGCGCCACCGACAAAAAGUACUGUGUGGUGUGACGCUGUUGGUGACGAGUGCCAAAGGCGACCAGUCCUAUGUGGUGCAAGGCUCCUGGUAACCAGUGCUAACGUCAUGUGAUGUGUGCCCCAGGCGACCAGUAUUAUACGUGGUGCGAUGCGUUCCACUGACAAGUACUGCGGUGUGAUGCCACUGGGUAACCAGUGCUGUGUGGUGACAGAUGCCAAGCGAAGCUUUUUAAAAGAACGUGCUAUUUUUGGAACCCCCGACUCUCAUUGGCUUAUUUACUUUCACGAAGCAUUCACUCAAGACAAAGCGAACACUGGCCUGGAGUUGGGCUCAGUGCUAUUAAUAAACAAAAUAAAAAAAUCUGGAUUUUUUUUUUACAUGAUUUUUGUACUGAUUUCUCGGAAACGAUCUCACCAAACCACCGUGGAAAUUGCUCUCUUGGAAUCACUCCCGGUGAAAGUGAGAUUUGUUUGCACAUACGUUCUCAGUGUGCCGGAGGGUCAAAAAGUGCUGGAGGUUUUGGAGGAUCGCAGGUAACGUAUGACACAGACGUGCAAGCGUUCACGCGCCGCAGCGUCUUCUCUGCAUUGGCCCGUCUAUUUUGCCCAGUUUUUUUUGCCUUCGUGCAACCAAGACACUCCCAAGUAAAAAAAAAAAUGCAAACGUAGCAGCAGCAGUUGUGCUUGUGGCCAGUUGCUGUAGGCAACUGCACUUACAACCGAAGGGGGUGGCAGUUUAGUCAGAUGGGGUUAAAAAUACCAUAACCACUUAUAAGCCAAGAGUGAGAGAAAUGCUGAUAUUUUCUAUAAAGGGCCUCAAGGUUGUUAUGUCCCCUUAAACACAGCAUGAUUAAAAAAGAGAUACAAAUUAGACGCUUCCCCUACAAUGUGUGCCAUUAAUUGCCAGAUCAUGGAUACACAGUCCUGAUGAGUUUCCACUUUUAACUGUGUCAAGCGUUCAGUCCCAGAAAUGUAUGUUCCACAGAUUUGUGAGAUAAAAAAAACCUUUGCACAUUUAUAACCUCUUAACUUACCCUGAAUGUGAAAGCGCUCACCAGCUUGCAGAGCAGCCAGGCAGAACAGACUUGGGCCAAAUCGCAGGAAGUCCUGAGCUUUGCUUGCUUAAGUGCUUUUCAAGCCCAUCCUUUGUUGUCUGAAAACAAAAGGAAAAUCAGAGGAUCGUAAAUAAUUUCGUAAUUUUAAAAAUAAACUAUUGACGUCAUAGGCAAAGUCGCAAUUACUGGUUACCUCAAAGUUCUCGGGAAUAUUUCAAAGUUUGUAGGGAAGAGAAAAAAAACUGACAUUUUUUUAAGUAUUACCGAUUAAAACCUUGACAACACCACACGGAAUUUUGUGCAAGGUGACAAAUUCCAACGCAGAAGACUUUUAACGUGGCUCCACUAAAUGUUAUUCGCCACCUAACCGUAUAAUUAAUGCAAUCGAAUCACCGGUGAAUUUUAAUUUUUGUUUUCCUUUAAAAAGAAGGGUAACCCAUACAAUGCUGUAUUUAUAGGAAAUACUGAAUGUAUGAACAUUUUGCCUCAAUGUUUAAAGCUGCUCCUGUUAAACAGUAUUAAGGUCACGAAAGUACUGUAACCUGUGUUCAUUAAACGUAAAGUCAGAACGUGUGUGUGUGAAACAGAGCAGAGUAGAUGGGGUGUUAGCUGCUUUCAAUUUAUUUUCCUUCGCCUUUAAAGUUUUACGUGGGACUCACCCGAACCACGUGUCUUGCUCGAAGUCCUUCAUGGGCAGGGGGGAGGGCAAAAAAAAAAACACAACCGCUAUACAAUCACAAUGUCCAUAAAGGUAUUAUGUACGAUUAAAUAAUUACACACGGCAGUUUAGGACUGCGUUAUUGAGUGCUGUGGUUAUACGAAACGUAAAGGCGCUUUUGCCAAAAUGCUGCAAUGCUCGACUGAUCUGCAAGAGUAGAUAACAGAGGCCUUAAAAAACACAACCGACAAAAGUUUUUCAACUUCAAAGAUGCAAUCUCAGAAUCUCAUCGUCAAAAAAAUCAUCAGCGCCUGGCGGACACGGACGUUUAGGAGAAUCAAGCUCGUGUGUGCGCGUGCCGUUAUAUUCUCAUGAAAACCGCCAUCUCGAAUAAUUUCAAAAUGCAUCCCUUUAUGGACACCCUGCAUGUUUAAACAAUUCCAGCGGCUGUGAAAAUGUUGGCAAUUUUUUUUUGCUAAAGGUUGAAUUGGAUAAAAAGG